AUGCAUAUCACAGAUAGUUCUGCUCGCCCGGAGCAUCGCGAGCAGCUGGAGGCCGAGAUCCGCAAGGCCCACGUUAUCUGCAUUGUUUAUGCUAUCGAUGAUCCUAAUACGUUCAAUCGUCUACCGCUUUACUGGUUGCCUUACAUUCGCUCGCUCGGCGUCAACGUUCCCGCUGUCCUUGUGGGUAACAAAAUCGACCUUCGCGGCGACGAUGUAACGAACACAAGUUUGGAGGAUGAAGAAGUGGAAACGUGUGUAGAAUGCUCGGCAAAGCAACUGCUCAACGUAUCUGAAGUCUUUUACUUUGCCCAAAAGGCAGUCUUACACCCAACGGCACCAUUGUAUGAUUCAAGGGAGCAUAUCCUCAAACCGCAAUGUGUCGAUGCACUCUCAAGAAUUUUUAAAUUAUGCGACACCGACAAGGACGGCAUAUUAAACGAUAAUGAAUUAAACGAUUUCCAGCGGAAAUGCUUUAAUGCGCCAUUGCAGCCGCACGAGUUGGACGGUGUCAAAGAGGUUGUCAAGCAGCAUGAGCCUAGUGGUGUCAAUGACAUUGGAUUAACGGAAAAGGGUUUUGCGUUCUUGCAUUCGCUGUUUAUCCAGCGAGGUCGAUUGGAAACAACUUGGACGGUAUUACGAAAGUUUGGAUAUGGUGAUGAUUUGUCCCUGCGAGAAGACUUUUUAUUACCACCGUUGGAAGUUCCGCAUGAAUGUUCUGUUGAAUUGAGUCCUCACGGAUAUCAGUUUUUUGCCGAGCUAUUUCAAGUAUUUGACAAGGACAAGGAUGGUGCUUUAAAUCGAUCCGAAUUGGAUGCUUUGUUCAGUACCUCUCCUGGAAAUCCCUGGGCAGCCACCGCUUUCCCUCAUACCACCAUCACAACGGAGGCUGGAUCUGUGACUUUACAAGGAUGGCUGGCACAAUGGAGCAUGGCGACCUUAAUAGAGUAUAAGACCACCCUAAAGUACCUUGCUUACCUCGGCUUUGAAGGGAAUACCCGAACGGCUCUUAAAGUCACGCGACCAAAGAAAGUAGACCGCAAAAAGGGCAAGAUACAGCGGAAUGUCUUCCUGUGUCAUGUCUUUGGCGCACCAAGCUCUGGAAAAACAUCAUUGUUAAAAGCAUUCGUCAACAAGCCGUUUUCAGAAAAAUACCAGCCGACAAUCGAGCCUUUCAACGUGGUUAACUCUGUGGAAAUGAAGGGCGUAGAAAAAUACCUUGUGAUGGAGGAAAUUGGAGCAAGCCGAGAAGCAGAAAUUCUGUCAAACAAGCAACGUCUUGAGGCUUGCGAUUUGCUCUGUUUCGUAUAUGACACGAGUGACGUGAACUCAUUCGGAUACGUGGCUUCCCUAAGGGAAAAAAAUAAGAUCGAUAAUGUACCAACGGUUUUCGUCGCAACCAAAUGUGAGCUCGAUUUGGUAACGCAGCGGUACGAAGUCCAACCCGAUGUAUACUGUAGAAAUCUAGGAUUGGCUGUACCUUUAAGUGUAUCUGUGAAGCAACACCAGAUGGCAGAUCUGUAUCACAUACUGACAGGCAUUGCUAUGAAUCCGACGAUCGCAACUCCCGGCUCUUUGAAAGAUAAAAAACAAGAAUCAUGGUUCCCAAGGCACUAUAUUACCAUAUCACUAGUGGCAGGUGCUGUAAUUUUAACGGGUUUUGCCGCAUACAAAUUCUUAAAGCAGCAUCCUACACUGAUAGGUAGUGGUGCACAAACCAUGGCCACUGCAGCGGCAAAGAAACGCGAUUAUCUAUGA